AUGAAAUUUUUAAAUACAAUUGAAAGUGUAGAUCUUUUUGGUGUGCCAAUCCCAUUAUUAACUUAGUCUAAUAAUGAAAAAUUUUAAAGCAAAAUGGGCGGAAUUCUUUCCAUUCUAUUAGGAAGCUUAAGUUUCACUUACUUUUUAUAUGUUGUUGUAUAAUGGAGUAACAAUUUACUUCCCCCGAAUGUCAGUUCUAAAUAGAAAACAAUUGGUUAUACAGAAUUCUCAUUUUCAAAGCCCCUAAUUCAAAUCACAUUAUAGGAUUUGACCAAUGAUAUUGAUCCUUUCAGGAAAGUUAAAAACAUUAUCACUCCACUUUUAUACACAAUUAUCAAUUCAACUAUACUAAAGGAUCCCAUUCCCUUGUUUAGCACUCAAGAGGAUCCAUAUCAAAUAACUUUAUCUAAUGGGUCCUUAGUCCUUAAUAAUUUGGACUAUACGGAUACCUAAAAUUAAAAAAUGAAGUAAUAUUUGAUUGUAUUAACACAAUGCUCAAAUAGUUCAUUAUUGGAUGGAGGGUAUUGUGCUGAUGAAAAAGUUAUUGAAGAAUAUUUAUCCAAGUUUCAUGGGCUUUUAUUUUUAACUAUAAGUUUGGGUCAAAUAAAUUAAAUAACAAAGGAAUUGGAAGUUUUUAAUAAGUAAUAUUAUACUAGUUUUGAUACUAAAAACCCAAUAUAUUCAUAAAUUAUGCUAAAAUAGUAAGAAACUAUUAUUGAUGAUGGGAUUUUAUUUAAUAAUUAUAACCGAUUCUAUACUUUGAACAACUAUGAAAUGAUCAACCAAUAAAUCGAUAAUUCCUUUGCUUCCAGGGUUUUCAAUUACAUGUCUGAGACUCCUCUAAAUCUGGAUAAUUAUGGUUGUUAUUUAUUUAGAAUCGAUAAUAUCUCAAUAGUGGAAGAAGUCACUAUGCCAAAAUUAGGUUAAAUUCUAGCUCAAAUAGGUUCUAUAGUAUAAUUACUAUUUUUAUUAAAAUAUGCAGCUUUUUAUUAUAAUAACCAAUUACUAGAAAAUGAAUUGCUCCACGAUAUAAUAUCCAUGUAUUAUCCAGAUUUAAAACAAUGCAAAGUUAAAAGCUAUUUAAAGAAAUAAUUGCUGUAGGAAGAGGACAACAACAAAUUAACUUCGACUUAAAAUUUGUUAUCUAUUCAUAAAGCUUUACUUCAAAGUGCUCGGCAAAAAUGCAGACUUAAUAAUAUCAUAUACGAAAUAUCAAGAAUAUAAUUCAUCAUUUAACAAUAAUUUGGGAUUCAAAUUUUAACAGCAAGUCAUCAGUUAGGAGAAAAAUUUGAAAGUAAUAAUUUUAGUCUUGCAAGUGGAAAAGAAACAAACGGAUUUCUUGUCAAACCAAUAGAUCAGAUUGAAUCACAAUAAAUAGUAAAUAAUAAAGAACCUCUGGAAUUGCUACUAAGACAACCCUGA